AUGGGAAUUAGGAUUUUGGUUCAGGCUUAUGGCGGAGAUGAAGGGUGGGCUUUUGUAGAAGAGGCUUCAUAUAAGUUGGUUAUUGAUACCAUUUUACCAGAAAGUGAGGAAUCUAAGCGGGAAGAUACUCAACCGAAACUUGUUGGGAAUUUUUCAACCAAGGAUUUUACUUUAGACGAGCCUGGAGUACAAUGUCAUUCCCCAGAUGUCCAUUCUAUGCAAAUCCAUUCCUUGCACAAUCACUCCCCGCCCCCAAAAGACAUCAUGAAUCGUUCUCUAAAGGAUGAUGCAUCACAAGAGAAACUCAGUGCACCGAUUCAAUCCCAAUUUUUUGAUUCCCCACCACUUGUUGACAUUAGACCUGUGACAGAUGAUACCUUACAAGAUAGGCUUGGAGUACAGAUGAACUACUCCCAAAUUGUAAAUCACUCUCUAAAGGAUGAUGCAUCACAAGAGAAACUCAGCGCACGGAUUCAAUCCCAAUUUGUCGAUUCCCCACCACUGGUUGACAUUAGACCUGUGACAGAUGAUAUCUUACAAGAUAAGCUUGGAGUACAAGUGAACUACUCACAUAUCAGUCCUGUAGUAGCUGACUCUGCAAGUAUGAAUCCCCCACCACUGGCUGACUCUUGUUUUGUUGGGAGGCAUAAACCUUGCUAUGGGUGGAUAAGCAGUGAUGAUGAUGAAGAUUUUGUGUAUUUAACGCCAGCCACAUAAAAUCAUCAUUGCCUCUUAAUGAUGAUAAGAUGGUUUAAUUUUGUUAAAAUUUUCUUAAUGGGUUGGAGUUGAUAUCUUAUGCUCAAUUGAAUGUGGAUUUGUGGGAUGUUCACCACUGUCAAUUGUAUAUGUUAAUGUGAUGUUCCAGGUGUCUGCCUACGUGGCAUGGAAAUAAUAGUUUAUUCAGUUCAUUAGAUACAUUAG